AUGGCUAAAGAUACAUAUUUGAAAAAGAUUCUUGGUGAAGAAUGUUUUAAUAGAAUUCGUUCUACUAAAGUUGUUAUGAUUGGAGCAGGGGGUAUUGGUUGUGAAUUGCUCAAAGAUUUAGUAUUGACCGGAUAUGGUGAAAUUCAUAUUGUUGAUUUAGAUACUAUUACAUUAUCCAACUUGAAUCGUCAAUUUUUAUUUCGUCAAAAAGAUAUUGAUAAAUCCAAAUCACUUACAGUUUCCAAAGCAGUUGAAUCAUUCAAUUAUUUAGGAGUUAAAUUAGUUCCUCAUCAUGGGAAUGUAAUGGAUACAAAACAAUUCCCAAUUGAAUUCUGGAGUCAAUUUAGUUUUAUUUUCAAUGCUUUGGACAAUUUAGAAGCAAGAAGUUAUGUUAAUAGAAUGGCAUUAUUUGUCAAGAAACCGUUAAUGGAAAGUGGAACUACUGGAUAUGCUGGACAGAUUCAACCAAUUUAUCCUUAUUAUAGUGAGUGUUUUGAUUGUCAACCUAAAGAAACUCCAAAAUCAUUCCCUGUAUGUACUAUUAGAUCAACUCCAUCACAACCUGUUCAUUGUAUAACUUGGGCUAAAGAAUUUUUGUUUCAUCAGUUAUUUGAUGAAAGUGAAUCUAAUUCAUUUAAUGAUUCACAGGCCAUUGAUAAUGAAACAGAAGAUAAUGCUGAGAAAGAGAAUUUGGCUAAAGAAGCUAAUGAAUUGUCUGAGUUGCGUUCUAAAAUUCUCAAUUCUGAUCUGGAUGAAUUUAUUAAGAAUUUAUUAACCAAGAUUUUCAAAGUUGAUAUUGAAAGAUUGCUAGAAAUUGAAACGUUGUGGAAAGAGAGAGCUAAACCGGUACCUUUGGAUGUGAAUCAUUACUCUAAAGACUUGGAAUUGUUGUUGAAGGAUAGCCUGAAUGAAUCUAUCUUGUCAGCUGAUACUUCUGUCUGGACAGUUUUGGAAAACAUAUAUGCAUUGUAUAAAUCAGGAGAGUCUAUUCAAAACAGAUUAAAAUCGGGGAAAGAACUGUUUGUUUCAUUUGACAAGGAUGAUGAAGAUACAAUGAUUUUUGUAACAGCAGCUUCAAACUUGAGAUCUUCUGUUUUUGGUAUUCCUAUCAAGUCGAAAUUUGACAUCAAACAAAUUGCAGGUAAUAUCAUCCCGGCUAUUGCAACCACUAAUGCACUUAUUGCAGGUUUCUCCAGUUUAGCAGGGACUGAGUAUUACCAAUACCAAAAUGAUGCUAACAGUAACGAUUUCACUACUAUUGCCGGUAGAACUUCAUCUGUAUUCAUCAGUAUAAGGCCAAAUAAAUACGUCACGGGUGUCAAAUUAUCUCAACCAGAUCCAAAAUGUGCAAGUGAUUCACUUACGUCAAGGGGAGUUUUGCGUAUUUCAAAUGAUGAUUUGACUAGAAUUACAUUGGGUCAACUUGUGGAUAAAUUUGAACAAAAGUAUGGUUAUAACAAAGAAGACAUAUCAAUUCAAUUGGGUAAAUCAAAAUUGAUCUACGAUGUGGAUUUUGAUGAUCAUUUAGAUAAACCAUUGAAUAAAGUGCCUGGUGUUGUCAAUGGAGAAACCAUUUUAGUUCAAGAUGACGACGAUCAAUUAGAGAAUUUACAAUUGUAUUUAAGCAUUGUUGAUGAACAAUGCGACCUUGAAUUACCUGAUUUGAAAUUACGACCAAAGAAGAUAUUCAAAGCCCCUGAAGUAACAGGAGAAACAGAGCAAAUUGGUAUAAAAGAAACAGAUGGGGGAGUAAUUGUCUUGGACGAUGAUGAUGAUGACUCUGAUAGUGGGAUUAUAGAAAUCAGUGAUAAUGAUGAAGAUGUUGAGCCACCGAGCAAAAAGCAAAAGUUGUAA